GAGGAUAAUUUGGAUAAAGGAAAGGGAAGUCAGAAGGAUGACAAUAUGGAUAGAGUCAAGAAAGAUCUCAGUAAAGAGGAUUUGGAUAAAGAUAAGGGAGAUGUGAAGGAUUUAGAUAAAGACCAAAAAGAUCUGGAGGAGGAUAAUUUGGAUAAAAUUAAGGGAGAUGUCAAGGAAGACGAUUUGGAACAUCCAAAAAGGGAUAGCUUGGAUGGAAACAAGGAUCUAAAGAAAGAGGAUUUGGAUAAAGUUAAUGGAAAUAUGAAGAAGGAUAACAUGGAAGAGACCAAAGGAGAACUGGAGAUUCAAGGAAGAGGAGGAUAA